AUGCAGCUUUCUUUCCUUAUUCCCCUUCUCUCUUUCCUUUGUCUUGUUUCUGCAGCACCAGCGAAACGUGGUGUUCGUGUUAUCAAGGUCACUCAGACUGUCGACAACACAGUCACUAAUACUGAUGUCGUCAAUGCUCCGGUACAGACAUCCACCGGCUACCUGACCUCGACCGUCACAGUCACCACCACCCAUUAUACUUCGACGUACACGGCUACCGUUAUGGGAAAGCAGUACACUUAUACCAGCGUGUUUGAGUCGGCAGUUACCCUCAGCCCCAAGCCCGCAACGUCUCAAGCAGCGAUUGUCGAAUCACAACCACAACAAGAGCCUCAAGAAUCGCAAAAAGCUCAAAAUCCACCAGCCGCUCAGUCUUCAGCCCAAGUUGUCAUCACAUCUACUCUUGAACCAACAACAUCCGCUGCGGCACCUUCGCCUGCUGCUACUAGUUCCUCUGUUCCAACAUCUUCCGCUGCUGCUACCAGCCUGUUGGAGCCAACCUCUUCCCCUUCUGCCCCUUCGGUCACUUCUUCCAUUUAUGACGAAGUGUCCACUCUUCCUACCGAUGCUCCCGCCACUGCCUCUUCAGUUCUCUCUGGUAGCUGGUUCCUCGAAGAUGUGCUGACCAAAAUCACUUCUGGUGUUUGCUACGUGGACUAUGAUUACUACUUGACCGACUACACCGAAACCGUGACUUCCACGUCCACGGUCUACUCUACCAUCACCGUUUAA